AUGGCAAGAGAAAGAGAGGCAAUGUACAUGACAUACGUGUUCAGGGUACUAAAGCAGGUUCAUCUAGGAAUGGCAAUUUCUUCCAAGGCAAUGUCAGUGAUCAACAGCUUGAUGAAUGACAUGUUCGCAGGUAAGGCAACCAAGCUCUCCAAGUACACCGAAAGAAGGACACUGUCUUCAAGGGAGAUUCAAGAAGCAGUGAAAUUGGUUUUGCCAGGAGAGCUUGGAAAAGAUGCUGUUGCAGAAGGCAGUAAAGCUGUCACUAACUAUGCUUCCUACAUUGAAAAACAGUUCAAAUUAGUUUGAUGUUACUUUGUAAUGUAAUUAACAGGCUAAUUAGUGCUCUAGGAUGCUACUAGAUUUUAGGUUUGAUGU